CCCCAAUGGGAGACCUGAGUCUUCGGCGGCAGCAGAUUACACCACAUAAACUGGGAGGACCUGAGUCUUCGGUAGCAGACUCAAGACAUCAAAGAAAAGAUGAGCAAAACCAUGGCCACCCUCCCCUAUCUGAUCCUCAUUCUGAUCCCCUCUCUUCUGCCCAUCACCUGCGCAUCGGCUCAGCUGACGACGCUGAGCGCCGGCUCAACUCUCGCCGUGGAGGAGUACGAGCACACGUUCCUCGUCUCACCAAACGCGACCUUCUCCUGCGGCUUCUACCCAGCCGGCUCAAACGCCUUCACCUUCUCCGUCUGGUUCGCCGGCGCGGCCGACAGCGCCGUCGUCUGGUCCGCCAACCGCCAUUCCCCGGUGAACGGGCACGGGUCCAAGGCGAUGCUGCACGACGAUGGCUACCUUGUCCUGGCCGACGCCAACGGCUCGACAGUGUGGGCGAGCAGCGGGGGCGCGGGCGACCGGCCGACGGCCGCGCUGCUGGAGACUGGAAACCUCGUCAUCAGAGACUCGGGCGGCGCGGUGCUGUGGCAGAGCUUCGCCACGCCGACCGAUACCUUGCUGCCUUGCCAGCAGCUGACCAAAGACACAAGGUUGGUCGCCGGCUACCACAGUCUCUACUUCGACAACGACAACAGGCUACGUCUCGUGUACAACGGGCCAGAGUUCUCCAGCAUCUACUGGCCAAAUGAUGACUACACCAUGUUUCAAGAUGAUGCCCCGAGAUUCAACAACAAUUCCAGACUUGCAGUCCUCGAUGACAAGGGUUGGUUCUUCUCAACCGACGGCCUCACGGUACAAUCUUGUGACCAUGGCGCAUUACUCAUCAGAAGAAGGCUGACGCUCGAGCACGACGGCAAUCUCAGAAUGCGCAGCUUGGAUGCGUCGAGCGGAAGAUGGGUGGUCACAUGGCAAGCCAUACUGCAGAUGCACUAUGUGCACGGCCUAUGUGGAAAAAACGGGUUCUUCGAGUACUCGCCGAGACCCCGCUGCUCGUGCCCUCCUGGAUUUGAGAUGGUUAAUCCAAACAUGUGGAGCAAAGGCUGCAGGCCGACGUUCAGCUACAACUGUGGGCAAGACCGGUACAGGUUCAUCCAGAUCCCCCAAACUGAUUACUACGACUUUGAUCUUGGCUUCAACGACUCCAUCUCAUUUGAAGACUGUAGAAACAUCUGCCUGGGCAUGUGCUCUUGCAUCGCUUUCUCUUACCGGCUAACCGGAACCGGUGUUUGUUACCCUAAAGGUCUGCUCUUCAAUGGAUACAAGUCGCCUGCAUUCCCAGGAAGUGUCUAUCUUAAAGUGCCCUUCACUGCUGACAUUCAGGCCUCCGGAUCAGAACAGUCGGCUCUCACAUGCCCCCAUGGUGGUCCCAAGAUUACACAUGAGUCUUCUGAUCACGUGGACAGAUGGCUAUAUUUCUAUCUGUGUCCUGGAUUAUUAGGAGCCCUGGAGCUCAUUCUCAUCGUGACCACAUGGUGGUUCCUCUCAAAGAAUGGCAUGCAAGAUUCAACACGGGGGGGUUACGCGGUGUUGAGAAGCCAGUUCAGGAGAUUUACUUACCAAGAGCUACAGCAAGCAACCGGAAAGUUCCGAGAAGAAGUCGGAAGAGGCGGCUCUGGAAUCGUGUACAGAGGACUGCUCAAAGAUAAGAGGGUCAUCGCGGUGAAAAAUCUCAUAGAUAUCACCAAGCACGAAGAGGAAUUCCGGGCAGAGAUGAGCGUGAUUGGGAGGAUCAAUCACAUGAACCUGGUUCGCACAUGGGGAUUCUGCUCGGAAGCAAAGCGCAAGCUGCUGGUAUAUGAAUUUGUGGAGAAUGAGUCACUGGACAGGUACCUGUUCAACAGCACGAACGCCGACAGAUUGCUCGCGUGGAGCGAGCGUUUCCGCAUCGCCUUGGGGUCGGCGAGGGCCCUGGCUUACCUCCACCAUGAGUGCCUCGAGUGGGUCUUACAUUGUGACGUGAAGCCUGAGAACAUACUCUUGACCCGAGAUUUUGAAGCCAAGAUAGCUGACUUUGGGUUAGCAAAGCUGUAUAAAAGGGAUGGAUCCAGUUUCAACUUCUCACACAUGCGAGGAACAGACGGUUACAUGGCCCCGGAAUGGGCGAUGAAUCUGCCAAUCAACGCUAAGGUCGAUGUCUACAGCUACGGGGUGGUGCUCCUAGAACUGGUGGCCGGGAGGAGGAUCUCAAGCUGUACAAGGGAUGGCAAAGUUAUCAAACUGAAAGCAUUUGUCCAGGAUGUGAAGGGAGCUUUAGCUACCGGGGAUGCUACGCGUAUAGUGGAUGCGAAGCUUCAUGGGCAGUUCAACACCGAUCAGGCGGUAGUUAUGAUUACGACUGCCGUGUCGUGCCUCGCAGAAGAAAGAAGCAGGAGACCGAGCAUGAAUGAAGUUGUGAAAUCUCUCUUGCAUUGUCAAGAGUAAAGACAGUGAGAAACUGAGAAGAUUGACCUGAAUAAAUUUGUUUUUGCUUAUGUGUGACCUUUCUCACAUGCUACCAGAUUUCCUCAUUUACUCCGUCCAAUAAAGUACAUUGUAAGUAUAUGAAUCAAUAACUGUUUGUUUAUUGGCCCCGUCCAAUAAAAAAUUAAAUUCCGGUGUGAUGAUCUAGUCAUCUGAUACUUUAUAUUGUAAACUACUUUGAAUGUUGCUUCU